UUACAUACAAGUAUAGUAUUCUCAUCACAGUGUCGUUAUUAUAUCUUCAUUGCAUUUAAAAUAACAAAAAGCAGUAUGAAACCACAUUUGAAAUAAGACAUCGACAAAAAAUAAAAGAAAAGAAAAGUUUACAAAAUAUUAAUGAGAUAAAUAUGGACUAUGCAGCAAAUCCAAAAAUACCAGUAAGGAGAUCAUUUUUAAAUUAAACAAAAUUGUCUCGCAUACUCUUUAUAUGUUAUAUAGCAUUCUUUUUAUUCUAGCAGGAACAUUUUUUCUGACUCAGGAUUCAAUCAUUGUUUUUAUUUUUUCGAAAAUGUGAAGUUUGAAGAAGUAAUAGAAGCCUUCAUGACUUCCUUCUGCAAUAUUUGCGUCAUAGUAUUGCUAGUAUUCAGCCAGCAGGUGUACUUGAAAGAAAUAAACCUGAUGUUCGAUGGACAAAUUGUUGAUUCUCAAACUCACGUGACCCUUUCAAUUUCCUGCUCUACCCAAACUCUGCCUUUUGAAUGUAGUAUGGAGUUUUUGCAUAAUAAUGCAACAGUAGAAAUUAUUCGAUAUAGUGAUAGCGGAUGCUUUAAUCAGUAUGGCAGAUGUGAGACGGAAACAUGCGCCUGUUCAGAAGACUGCACAUCGUUUCAUUGGAAUUUAACUACAGCAUCAGUUCUAACAAAUGACAGCUUUGGCUGUAACAUGAGAAUUCAGAAUUCCAAUUCAAACUCGUUCUUUAAAGUGUAUACAUUAGUUGUUUACAAUGGAACAGGCUUUACUUCGGCAAGAUCAGUCAUCAACCCUGUUAAUACAGUAACAACGCCAUUAAUGCUAGAACAAGAAAUGUCUCUGAAAAGAAAUGAUGAUGGGAGAGGAGAUGUAGCAAUAGGCAUAAUUUUAGGUUUGGUAUUUAUCAUAGCAUGUGUCUCUGUCUACGUAGUAUAUAGUCGAAAGAGCAAAGAUAAAAAACACAAGAAAAUGGAAAAAAUACAGAUGGAUGACGUAUCGACGUUAUAAUAUCUUAAAAUUAGUUUUGAGACAUUAAUGAAUUCAGAUUGAAUUUUGUUUGUCUUUAAAUGUAUGCAUGUGCAUGUGUACUUCUAUCAAUAUUAUUAUUACCAUAAAUUAUUAACAUUA